AUGACUCUGCAAUCGCGGGUGGAAGCGAUCGUCUCCUCCAUUGUGACCGUCCACCCUCGCGAGAUCCCCGCUCUGCUCCAUUCCUCGUUAUGCUUCUUCUUCGUAAGUGUAUUCUUUCCGAUUUUUCCUCUUCUUCAUGGUGUUUAUUUCAUGAUUUGAAUAUUCGGAGGUCACUGAAGGGUGAGCGGAUGACUUGUAGCUUCUGAGUGCGUACUUUGUCAUCCUCCCCCUACGCGACGAGGGGGCGAUAUCCCUGGGCUUGGGAAACUUGCCGGGAUUGUUCGCGGGAUCGCUGCUUCUCACGCUGGUUGCUGCUCCUGUUUCCACCAUUAUCUUUUCGCUGCCAAACGUUUCCAAAGGAAGGGUACGUCGAAACUCUUUCCGUCGCGAGCACGCAAUUUUCUCCUUUCAAAGAAUUCUACGGAUCUGAUCCUCUAGCGUCGUUAAUCUGGAGCAUGGGAAUUUUAAUGCCACAACUUAGACAAUUAUAUUGUCAGACAAGUCACUUGCGCAUGAUUACCCGGUUAUACGAUGGAUCGCCCAUCGUAUACGAUUCUCGCGCUCCUCAUUGCCCCCAGUGACAUGUGCGCUCCUUGAAUUUCAGGCCCUGGUUUUAAUACACAGGUUUUUCAGUGUUUCCCUUCUUCUGUUCUUCGUUUCAUGGCACGCUUCCUCUGCUGAGCAUUCGGGUUCCUCUUCAAUGGUAAGAGUCAAUAAAUUACCGCUUCAUGAAUUCUUUUAUUUUACUAGUUAUCAGACUCCGCUAUAUGUUCAUAUUCGUCCUCUCCUACAACCAGGUGUCAAUGUCCCAUACUUCCCCUUUCGAAGAGGACAGAAAUUUCGAUACUGGUGACAGCGAACAUGCCCAUUCUUCAGGAUGGGGUAACCAUGGGUGGUUUUUUAUUUCUGUCAGAGUAUCGCUCUUCCUAUGGGUAUAAAUGAGACCUAAAAUGUGUGGUUCUAAAUUAUUACAUCAUUGUUCUUCUGAAUCUAAAAAGUAAAGUUUAUCCGCUAAUAGAAAUUCUCGCACUUUUGAAGGUUGCCUUACUUAAUCUUAUCACUAUUUCUUCAACAUGGGCGCGGGUGAUCGAUAUAAUGGACAAUGAGGUAGUUUUCUUUGAAGAAAUAAGCAAUGACAUUCUCAGCAUAUUUUUUUUGCAAAAUUUAUCAACCUUUCAUGUCCAGUCAGGUUCAAGACUAUUUGGUUUUGUUGGUGCUGGUGCUACGCUUGGGCAACUAUUUGGUUCAUUGUUUGCAGCAGGGAUGGCUUGGCUAGGCCCAUGUAGGUUUAACAUGUCUGGAUAAACUGGAUUCCAUUCACACCAUUCUUAUCCCAUUUCUGCAUUAUUCGAUUAUCUUAUGGUGCUAACUGAGUAAAUUAAUGUUUGCUUCUCAGUUUUACUUUUAUUUUCUGCAUUCCUUAUGGAGCUUGCUGCUCAAUCUGCAAAAGGCAUUUGUCAUGAACUUGACCACGACUCUGAGGAAUUAUCUCUUAUCAGGUUUGCUGAAAAAGUAGCCAGGCUUUAUUUAAUAUUGUUUGAUGAAAUAUUGAGGCUUCAUUUCGGAAAGAAUUUGAUAAUUCUAAUCCUUGAAAAUAUAUUUCUUUCCUUUGUGAAUUAUACAAAUAUCAUUUAUAUAGAUGAAAAGGUUCAAAUUGGAACGGUGAGAGUAGUUUUUCAAAUUCAAAAUAGCCUAAUAAAAAAAAUUCUUCCUAAAUAGAGGAUGAGGUGGCUCCCAUUUUCAACAGGAAUGAUGCCGUGUAAAAAGUAGUUGAACAAUGAAAAGUAUUUCUCAAGUUAGAAGUGGUUUGUCUUUGAUGGGGUCUUAAUAUUUAUUCUCUACAAACUCCUGCUAUUCAUAGGAAAGGGUCUGGUUUAUUUCGAUAUUCGAUAGAACUGCCUCACAACAGUUUAAUGUUGGUUGAGAAUUGUUCAUAUUCUUGAUUCGAUCAAUGGAACUAUUGGAGGGUUUCUGGAGGAUCUCAUUUCUUCUGUACGUAAAAGUUAUGGUCGUGGACAUUUUCAAAGAAGGAUAGAUCCAUCAUUGAUCCCCAAGAAUAUCUUGAAUUGAAGCAUUUGGUCACCAGCUUUUGGAUUAAGCCGAACAAGAAAAAUCAUAAACUGUCUUGCUCAAUGAAAUCCUUCAGAAUAUUAUGUUUUGCAGCAAUUCUCUUUAUCUUGAGCUCACAUAUUUGAGCCGCGUCUUUAGCUUUGGAAUAAGUCUCAUCCUAGAUAUCCUUGGCUGUAGCCAAGAACAUAUGUGUUGCUGAUCUCUGUUAUCAUAGAACCCCAUAACCGCGGAAUCUUCCUCAUUCCAUGGCUCAGACUGAGGAUCCCCUGGUUCCAGCCCAGUACAUGUGAGGUGGCUGAUCUUGCUUUUCCCUUCAGGACAGUGCGAACAACUUAGGACCACAUGAGAUAAUUUUUUCCAUCCAGCCUAUACGCAGCCUGACGGAUUGUUCAAACCGUACAAAUUGCUCUGAUUGUGAUGUAGUGAUCGUCUCUACGACCUCUGACAUCUGUAGGGUGUGGGACAAUAUGAACGACUGUCUGAAAUCACAGCUACAGGAGCGAAACGGUUGUUGGUGUUUAAGGCUGAGAGAAUAAACAAUGAAGGUCGAGAAUCAAGAGGGAUUGUCGGCAAUUAAGGCUGACCUGGAAAACCACGAUGAAGAGCACGGAAAAGAGUUCCACGAUGCAAACCUAAGGCUCUGAUACCAUGAACUAAACCAUACUAGGAUAAACAGUUGGGAAAAAUCUCUUCUUCUCCUCAGAUCAUAGAACAAUUGCUUAGGUUUGCGUCGAAAAGGGAAACUACUUAGGUUAAGGGAACUGACCAACUAAGAAACUAACUCCUAACUACACGUUUUUCCCUCACUAGUUAAUGAGAAAGAGUUGUGUAACUUUUCCUCUAUUCAGCCUCUGUCAGAAAGAGGUGAAAUGAAAGAAAGAUUGGGAGCGAAUAUCUCUUCCAACUAAUAGAUGGGAUGGAGGAUGAAAGAAAUAGUACUGAGAACGUUCGUUCAAAAUGAGUUCUUUUUCUUUUUCUUUUUUUUUGCAUUUUGAAUUUUUUGGCCCAAAGAUGAAAAAAGCAACGUUUUGCAAAAAAAUUUCCAAAGAUGAAAAAAGUUCCUUUUUUGAAUCUCUUAUCACUAGUUUGCCUUUCAGUGAUUUGAAUUUUUAUGUUUGGGCAGAUUUGUUCUUGCUUGGACCACUAUACUAAUUUCCAAUAAGUUGUAGCACAUGUUCGUUUACUUCUCGUUAAUUAACUGGAGCAUGUUUAUGUCCUGCAUGCAUGUAAGCUUGGUACAUCUUUUUUACUUUACUCUCUCCUUUCUUUUAGAUAUGCUGCUUCUGGUGAACAUGUUGGUGUGGAUGAACAUAGGACUACUGUUCCGGAAGUGUCCUCCCCUAAGUCGCCAACAUCUGUGGUGAAACCUCAAAUGUGUGUUAUACUAGACGGACUGUAUCUCAUAAUGUCGUCAGCUUACCUGCGAUAUGUGUCUGUAUUCCUGUGGCUGAGUGCUGUGGUAUCUUCCUUCUUUUACUUCCAGGUAAUAUAGGGAAAUAUUUCUUCAUAGUCUCUUUUAGAAAACUGUGCUGCUUCUGCAUCAUUUGUUUUAAAAAACUUGCUCCACAAAAAUGAAUCAUGGGUUUAAUAUUAUCUCAAAUUAAACGUCUGAGAAUCUGACUGUAUGCUAAAGAAAGACAUUUUUUUUUUCUGAGUAGUAAAACGCCGUGCAAAUAUGUGGAUAGGGAUGAAACAAAGUGGUGGGCUUUCGAGUCUGAAAUGCCACCCUAUCCAAGACAUCUCAAUGGUGAUUUUUUGUAUUCAUGGCAUCAUCGGUCUACUGGUGAAAUGCCAUGCUAAAGUCCCCAGUCUUCCAGUUUUUCCUCUGUUUAUCUGCUGAUAGAAAGAAUUGUGGCGCAGAUUGAAUCUUGAACUAAAAAACGCUUACAUUAUUUUUUUUCUCAACUGGUUUUCAUUUACGAAUGUUAGUAGAGAACAUAAGACGUUUCUUUCUUAUGUGAUCUCUUAACGUUUCAUUGGUUUUGAUUGUUAGUGAGUCGAGAAACCUUAGUAGGGUGUUCAAGGUGAUAUUUUCUUGUUAAGAAAGAAAACUUGGGUAUAUUUCUUGCCUUAGUUUGUCCCCGACUGGAGCCAUACACAUCUUAUUAUCCCUGAAAUAUCUGCUUCGUAUUUGACAUUUUUCUUUCGUCGUUAGAUCUGAACUUGGUGUUACCCUAGAAUUGUUCUCCUCUGUCGGUCCUUUUCUUCAGCAUUUUCUCCAAGUCAAUACGACGACGGCACAUCGAAUUGACUUUUCACGCACAAAACUUAACUUUCCAAUGACAGAAAGUGACCAUAAUUGCAUCAACAAUAUCAAGUUCACUUGGAAGGAGAAGACUCUUCGCAGAAAUCAACAGCCUUAUCGCUGUUUUCAUUCUUGUCGGACAGCUGGCUUUGACGGUACAGUUUAUCUGAGAUCUUCGCUGUCUGUCUUUUUUUUUUUUUUUUUUUUGGUCUUAACACAGUGCGUAUUAUUUCUCUAUUCAUUGAUGUAACCUUGCUAAUACAGGGUCGUAUCCUCACAUUUGCUGGGAUAACUACGGCUAUAUGUGCAGCCCCAAUCGUUGCUUUUUCAAACCUGAUUGCUCUUGCGAUUUGGCCGACAUGGAUUGCUAUUGCCGUCUCUGAGAUUCUCAGAAAGGUUAGACGUUGAUAAUAUGCUUUUGAUAUUAGCCAAUAUUGCAUGUUAGUCAAUAAUCGGUCACAAUUUUCCUUUAAAAUACUAUUUUCGAUUUAAAGUAUUUGUUAAAUUCCGGAUUUCGCUUUAAAAAAAAAUAAAUGUUGAAGCCUUUUUUUUGGGGGUUUUCAAUGAUCAGAUACUAAUAAAAUUGAGAUUCAUAAAUGGAGAACCACGUGAGCGUUCAUUAACUAAUAUCAGAAAAUUUUCAUAAAUCUAUCGUGCUGGUUAUCACCUGUAAAAAUCGUAGGAUAAUAUAUGAAUAUCUGUUUUUUGUCUAAAAAAAGAAGUAUUUUUUUUCUUAAUAACUCCAUCAGUGAAGGCGUAUCUAAUCUGCCAUCAACAUUUUGGCAUUGCCAACUAAUUCCUGUCAGAAUUCUCUAUAAUCCUAUCCAUAAAGACGCUAGGUUAAGCAAGAAUCUGGUUUCUAAAAUAAAGUUAUGGAGUAGUGUUUUUUUCUUUCUGUCUCUUGAUCCCCACAAAACAUUGAUGAUAUCACCAGCUACCUAUUAGCGCGAAGAACCCAUGCCAGUCAACGCGCUGUAAUCGAAAAAAAAUUAUCCAGAAAAAAGGUCAAAGGGAACUUAUAUUCAGCGCACUUUUUUUCUGUUGACUCAAAGAGCUGGAGCCUGGAUCAGGAUGCUGAUUUGCUGGGUUGAAAGUUCUAUUAUUCUUCUCUGGGACGUUUGUCUAUACUAUACCUCUCUCUCUCUCUCUAUCGCUCUCUCUAUUGCUCUCUCUCUCUCUCUCUAUCGCUCUCUCUAUCUAUCUCUCUAUCGCUCUCUCUAUUGCUCUCUCUAAUGCUCUCUCUAUCUCUCUCUAUCGCUCUCUCUAUUGCUCUCUCUAUCUCUCUCUAUCGCUCUCUCUAUCGCUCUCUCUAUUGCUCUCUCUAUCUCUCUCUAUCGCUCUCUCUAUUGCUCUCUCUAUCUCUAUCUCUCUACAAUUUCCCUACUGCUCUUCUUCUUAGAAUUUUCGUGACUAAACAUCAUUGAACUCGGGUUUCAACUGCUUCACCUCUUCGUUGCCUUCCAGGUGGUCACAUAUGUGGUCACAAGACCCGGCAGGGAGCUUUUAUUCACCGUUGUAUCACAAGAAGAGAAGUACAAGGCCAAGGUCAGCCCGUCCUCCUCCAAAACUUCUUCAUUCACUAAACUUGUGCUCAACCCCAUUCAAAGGCUCUGACCACCCCAAAAUAAAUAAAUAAAUAAAUAAAUAAAAUCUGGACCAGAUUUGCAUUGACGUCAUCGUCCAGAGGCUGGGGGACGCAACAGCAGCGGGGAUGUACAAGCUGCUCUUCGGCACUCUCAACGAGAACACCUCGGUGAUCUCCCUCGCCACGUUACCUGUACGCGCUGCCGCCUCCCCCCCGCUCUCAAACCUCCGUGGAACCAGCUGAAAUGCUUUCCCUUUCCCUUUGCCCUGAUUCCCAGCUCUGCGUCAUAUGGCUCGCCGUGGCCUUCCACCUGGGGCGCCGCCAGGCGCACCUCGCCAAGCUCCAGUCUGCUUCCAUCACAUAA